ACCCGCGCGCUAUGGCGGAGAAGCAUUGGCCGUAUUAAUGCUGGAAACGUCUUCGAAUCCGGCUCAAUUUCUUACAUGCUUGUUCAGUUGAUAGUCACUGAAUAAUUUACCUUUACGAUGUCAGCUGUAUAUCCAGGUUUUGAUAGUCAAACGAGAGCGUCCGAUGCCAUGCUAGGGGAUCCGCGUCCAUCUACAGGCCAUAGAAAGGUUCGACUGAGUGAUCGCGAGUUGUUUGAGCGCAUCCAGCGUAUACCAGUCCCCAAUGAACCACUAAAUCUUCGGGAUCUCUCAAGUCAACAUGGGUGGAAGCAUGUGAGGACCGGUAUCACUAGGACGGACGUGUACAUGCGAGUAUUGCAUGCACACUCAACCAUAUCUCCAAUUCAGACGCAACAGUGUCAAGUGGUCACUGGAGGGGAGAUGCAAGUACGAGUAUCGGAGUUGAUGGCACUAUUGCGUGCCCCGACGGAAAGCCAGAGCAAUGCGCUCCAGCGUGCAUUAUAUGGGCCACGGUUUAUCUACAGCUCCCUUUUGCACACGAUAGCUAACACAGAUCGGGGCUCGUUGCUGUCUCCUCAAUCUCGAGGAAGUACAAUGAGUACAUGUACAUCCAGCCAGCAGCUCACGGUCCGCACCGUUAGCUUCGUUCGGAUGGGUCUCUCUAACCCGUUCAAACGCCAUUCACGAAGAUCUUCAGUAACACCUGCUUCACGCAUCUUAACCCAUGCACAUGACGGGUCUGGUACUAAGAACGAACAAUGCUGCUAUAUUGAACUACUGACACCGACAGAGGAAGGCUUCAAGCUCGCGUUCUGUUCACUAGAUCCGGCAGAAGUCACGGCAGGGAAGGCACCACCCGAACGCGUCACAUCAUUGCACCCUAUCUCCGGCUGGCUCAUCGCGCAACCCACUCAAGACAACUCGGAAACGCUUCGAUUUACCUUCCAGGUUGCAUUUACAGGCUCUUUACCUGGUGGUUGUGGCUUUCAAGUGGCUCAAAAUCGUCUUUUGUUCCUUGCAAAACGGGUUCGUAGGCUGGAAAAAGUAAUACAUCGACAACAACGACGUCACCAGCAACGAGCCACACUGCCUGGACGAUUGUGGGAUGUUGUACUGAUGCCGUUCCAAGCCACAGGGGUGUCGGAUGAUGACCAUGCGGGAGUAAACGAUGGCGGCGCUGUGGCUUGUGUGGAUAUCGAAUAUUCUGCAGGCGCUGUCGUGAGUGCAUCGACGAACGGAACAACGCUGAUCGGGGUGGAAUGUCGAGAGAGACUCGUUACACCGGCGUCACACUUCAUUUCCGAGCAUCAACCUGAAAUCUCCGAGUACCUGAGGAACUUUCAUUAUCCUAGCAAACUACAAUAA